UAUACUUCAUUUACGGCUCUUGUCCACUGACUUUUUUUCCAUUGACGCAUUGUCUUGAACGUCGUUUUUUACCGAAUUCUUAUCAGCCUCCCACAGUUCGUCCCACUCUCGAAUCAUCCCAUUUACCGAAAACACUAAUUUGUCUCAAAAAUCCCUAAUUGGCCCCUUCCCAUUCCUCCAAAUCAGAGGUCGGCCAGAAAUGAUGAAGGUGUCGGAACUCGGAACUGUCGGAAAUCGGAAAUGGCUCAAAAGUUGGAACUCGGAAAUUGGAAUUUCGACUUACCCCUGCUUCUAAUUUUUUUUCAGAUUCUCUUAAUUUUUGUAAUUUUGGCGUUCUGUUAUUUUUGAAUUAUUUAAAAAAAAUUUUUUAUCGUUCUCUCCAGUUACCGUACCAAUAAUAUUUUUUAAAUUAAUUUUUAAUUAAGCUCAAAUUUAAUCAAAAGAAAGAAAAAAAUGCGAAGGAUUCCAACAAUAUUAAAAUUAAACAAAAAGAAAUUAUUAAAUAAUAUAUUUAUUUUUACUUUAAUUGUUUUUAUUGUUACACUUUUUGUUGUUGCAAGUAAACACUAUAUUAGUGAAGAAAAAGAAAAGUUUAUUUAUUUGUCUACAAAUUAUCAGAAAAGAAUAGAGGAAAGUUUUGAGGAAAAUACAAAAUCAGAAUCUUCUGAAAAUUUUAAAUUUAAAGAAAUGUGGAAAUUAUCAACUGAGAGAUUAGAAGCAGAAGAGUCAGCAAGCAACGAAUUACCUCACCCUCCUUUAUCAACAUUCACAAAACUUACAAGAUCCCAAUCUCAGAUAGACAAAUCAAAACUAAUAGAUUUAUUACCUCAUUUAAAAGAAAAUACAAAUUUAACAACUUUAAAUUCCCAAAUAUUACUAAAUUCUUCAAAAAUAUUACGGUCUCCACCAGAAAUUAUUUUAAUGAUUCCGAGUACUUUUAGGGAAGGGGAAAAUUAUUUGUUCCAAACACUCCAUAAUUUAUUAGAAAAUAUAGCAGAAGAAGAAUUACAUAUAAUUCAAAUAAUUAUUUUAAUAUCAGAAAAUCCGUGGGAUUUAAAAAUGGAAGAAAAGAAGGAAAAUGUUACAAAAUUAAUUUAUCAAAAAUUUAAAAAUGAAAUUAACCAGGGAAUUUUGGAAGUUAUUUCACCCCCUAUUGAAUUGUUAGUGAAUUUUUUAAAAUGUUUAUUUUGA